AAACUUGGAAGGGGGGCAUUGGACAUGAAGGCAGCUCUGGAAGGCACAAUUGUUGUGGAUGAGUAUGGGCAAACAUCCCUUCACCAUGCUGCAAGGGAUGGUGAUGUUGAUGCACUGGAAAACAUUCUGGGAGCUGGGGUAUCGGUGGAUGGCUGGGACAAGAGCGGAAGGACGGCGUUGAUGCAUGCCGCCAGGAAGGGCCGCCUGGGCGUUGUGGAAAAGCUAAUUGCUGUUGGGGUGGAUGUGCAGCGUGCAGACCAG